AUGAGAAACUCAAAAAAUGUGAACACCAUUGUUAGUGGUGAUGAAUCGUGGAUUUACUGUUAUGAACCAGAGAAUAAACGACAGUCGGCUCCAUCAAAAGUGAUCCGUUCUCGAAGUGUUCCAAAAAAGAUGGUAGCGACAUUUGUGUCAAAAGCGGGUCAUAUUGCAACAAUUCCUCUUAAUGAGCAAAGAACUGUUACGGCGGAUUGGUAUACCACCAUUUGUUUGCCAAAAGUCAUCACCGAGCUUCGAAAAAUCAACCCCGAAAGAAGAAUCAUCCUCCACCAAGACAAUGCAAGCUCGCACACAGCCCAAAAAACAAGGCAGUAUUUAACGGAAGAAACCGUGGAAUUAUUGGACCAUCCUCCAUAUACUCCCGAUCUAAGUCCUAACGAUUUCUUUACUUUCCCGAAAAUUAAAAACAGAAUUCGUGGUCAAAGGUUCCAGUUAGAAGAAGCAAUUGACGCAUUCAAAAAUGACCGGAAUAAGUGCUUCGAAAAUUGGUUCGAGCACAUGCAGAUGUGUAUUAAUCUUCGUGGAGAAUACUUCGAAAAACAAUAA